CUGCCUUCCCCGUCAUAAAUGCUGGCUCAGCAUUCGAGGGACGUGACAGCUAAAGCCGACGCACGUUAUGUAGGAGGGGCGUUAAGCGUCUGCCACGUGUGGGACGCUAGUUGGCGCGUCAGAAACACGCGUACGGCAAUUAACGCUACUAUCCUUCUCUGCCUUGAAGAACAGCACACCGAAUCGACUUCACAUCAGUUUCAGGUAAACAUGGUUUCAUUGAGAGAACUCACAGAGCAACGAGGUAACCAGGGCAGAGAGGGAGAAGAGGAAGGGGUUUUGUCAGUGGAGCCUAUCACAAUGAUAGUGCCACCGGAGUUGCAGGAUGUGCCGGAAACAAUGGCGUCUGAGAGCAGCGCCAGUUCCAGCGCCAACGACAACGGUGGCGACCACCCUAAUGCACUGUCAAGCAGCUUGUCUACUGAAGAGACACCCAGCCGUGAGGAGGGGAUGGGGGAUGUGCCGAGCCAGCCUACCCGUCUGCACCGCGCCCAGCCUAGCUCCUACGCCCCUAGCUCAUGCGCCCAGCUCUGCACCGAACUAGCCAUCAUCCCCCCCUCGCACGCCCAGCCUAGCUGCACCAGCCCUGCACCUACGCCCUUGCUCCCUGCUCUGCGCCCAGAUCGUUUGCACUCUGCCCCAGCCUGCACUCUGCUGCGCCCGGCCUUGCUUCCUGCACCAGCUUUGCUCUGCACCAGCUCCUGCGCUCUGCACCAGAUCGCCUGCACUCUGCUUGCCCUGCUGCGCCCCAUUGCCGGCAAUGAUGCCCCUGCACGCCCGAGCCAUCAUCAGCACUCCACGCCCCUGCCUCCCUGCACACCGCGCCUCUGCACCGCUGAUUACUGCAGCCCCCAUCCUUGCCUCACAUGCAGAAAAGACAAGGAGUACCGGACAAAUUGGCAUCAUUGAUUGACAAAGCAAGGCCCUUGUCUUUUGUUGCAUUUUAUUUUUUAUUUCUAUCAUUUGGGGUAUAUAUAUAGGGCAAAAGCAGAGUAAGGGGGUGGGUUUUGGGGUUGAUUUUGGGUCUCUUUGUUGGGGAGUUUCGUCUGAGUUUUUGAGAGCAAUAGAAGGGGAUUUACUGGAGAAGAAAGGGGGCAACAACGGUGGUUGAGAGGAAGGAUCACCGAGCUUCCAGAGGAGCUUCAUUUUCUGGUUUCAUUUUCUGGUUUCAUUUUCUGGGUUUCAUUGCCUUAGGUAAUUUCUGAACAGAGGAAUUUUUGGGAAGAGCCGUGAGGGAGAAGAAGGGAGCUUGAUCCCGUGGGUGGGAUCCCUCCCUUCGGAUCUCAAUCUGCUUUUUUCCAGAAAUUUCACCUUGUUUGAUUCUGAUUUUCAUAGAGUUUUGCUUUAUUAAAAUUGUACUAUAUGA